CUUUCUCUCCGCUGCAAAAGAUAUCUAACUUUCCUGCUCGAUAAGCACUGGGAUGAAAGCAUGAGUCGGUUUAAUUAUCUCUAGAAAGUAGACACGGUGCAGCUACAGGAGACUUAUAAAGGAGCAUCAGAGGCGGUGUAGCAGUAGAUGAGCCUGUCAGAGUGUCUGAGAGCCUUCAUCCCUUUCCUUUUGCAGUGUUCCUGUCUCCCUCCCUCUCUCUGCAUCAUCUGCCUCCUCACGCUGCUCCUCUCUCUCUCUCUCUCUCUCUCUGCUGUGUGUACCGAAGCAGUUCUCCAAGUGAGGAGCAGACUUCCUCUAAACACACCUCAGCACACACAUCUCUGCCUCCGACCGACCACCAUGGCCGUACGGGACGCUGCCUCUCCUCUGCUGCUGGGCCUGCUGUGCCUCCUUCACACCUGGGGAGCUAGGGCCACGGUGGAGGUGAACAUGGAGGACAAAGUGGAAGCUGUUUUGGGAGACACAGCUCGGAUCACCUGCAUGUUCAAAUCGCAGGACUUUGGCGGCAGCGGCGGCAUGACCAUAAAGUGGUACUAUGUAAAGAAUUCAAAAGAAAUUAAACAAAUCUACAGCCAGGACAGCCUUCAAAGCACCGUGGAGAAAAACACUCCUUACUCUGAGCGGAUCACGGUGGAUACCACCGGAACCGUUGGAGAGGUGGUGCUGACGAUCAGGGAUGUGCAGCUGAGCGACGAUGAGGUGGCGUUCAACUGCUACGUCAAGAUCAUUGGCGAAGGGACCGGAGAGGGAACCACAAAGCUGAAAGUGUUUAAAACACCAGAGGAUCCCACAAUUCAGGGUGUGGAACAAGGAAUAUCAGUCAGCGAUGAAAUGGCAAAGAUUGCCUCUUGCGAGGUGGAAAAUGGAUACCCCAAACCAAAGAUCACCUGGUACAGAGACAAAAUGCCACUGCACAACAUUCCAGACGUUGUGAAAGUGGAUCACAGAGUCACCUCUAAGUCAAGUGGUUUGUAUUCGGUCAACAGUGACCUGAACAUGAAGGUAGAGAAGAAGGACAAAGAUGCAGUUUUCUACUGCGAGGUCACAUUCCUUGUUCCUGGAGCUGAGAAAAUGCUUGAAACCAACAGCAUUAAUAUCACUGUCUUCUAUCCUCCCACGACAGUAAAUCUGUGGGUUGAAUCCCCAAAGGGGAAAAUCAAGGAGGGUGACACGGUGGAGUUCCUCUGCGCCAGUGAUGGAAAUAGUGAAUCCCAAUUUUUCAUGAUUGACAAUAAUGAAGGUCCAAGAUUGAAGAUGGAGAACGUUACUCGUCACAAUAGUCGUGUUUACGUUUGCGUCGUAGAGGACUUUGAAAAUUCUGUGAAAUUAUUAACAAACACCUCAGUGUUUGUCAACUAUCUGGACGAGGUGGUCAUUGAACCCACCGGCUCUGUUUUGGUGGAUUGGAAGAAUGAGUUUUUGGCGACCUGCAAUGCUUUAUCAUCUCUCAGGACCAAGACAACAUGGUUUAAGAAUGGAAAAGAAGUUGAAAAGGGUCACCAUUUAAGCCUAAAGGCUGUAACGUAUGACACCGCAGGAACAUAUGAUUGUGUAGUGACAGUACCGGAGAUUCAGGGAAUGCAAGCCAAUGCUUCACUACAGGUUACUGUUCAGGGCCCACCAGAGAUUAUAGAAAAACAUCUCAGUGAGGCAGAGACCAAUGAGAGGGAACUUGAACUUACCUGCCACGUCAGAAGCUACCCUACUCCCAAUAUAACCUGGGGCACCACUAAUGGGAAGAUCAUCAGCUCCUCAAAUCACAUGACCAAUGUGGGUGCUAAGAGCGUAGCCAAAGUUCAAGUCAAUAUCACUUCGAACACAAACGUUUUCUGCAACGCCUCAAACAAGUUCGGCAAAGACUCGGUUACGUACGUCAUCAAAUUCACUAAACACACCACCACACCAGCAACUACCACCACAACAAUCUCUCCAACAACCAUUACAGCAGCCAACACAACCAACAAUACAAGCACAUCCAUCAAUGCUGCCAAACCCAAAUCCAAAGCCAAAGCAGAAACACCCAAACCACAAGAGAAAGCCCAAAAAGGAAGCUAUGGGGUUGUCAUUCCAGUGAUCAUUAUCUGUAUCCUGCUUUUGGCCAUCUUGGGCAGCGUGCUUUACUUCCUUUACAAAAAAGGCAAGAUCUGCAAUCGAUCAGGAAAAAAGGACUUCACUAAAGAAAAGUCCAGCAAAGAUAAGAUUGUGGUGGAGAUGAAGAGCGACAACACAGAGGAGGCGAUUCUGCUCGGGGUCAACGGAGAAAAACAGCUACCCAACGACCAGUGAUGAGAACCUGCAUGUUCCGAAGUGAGGUGGCGAGAAAGCUGCUCCUGGUGUUCCCUCUCAGGCUCAGACCCCCGGAUGCCUUCAAGUCUCCACCAAAGCUCCUUCUUUCAGAGUUACAUCAUGAAGAUAAUCAGCUGACGCUCAAACAGUUCAAAGUGAAAGGGUGUUUUUUUUUUUUUUUUACUUGCUGUCCGAUAUGCUCCUUGAGUUGAAAUGAAACACAAUUUGCAAGCUCCAUGAUGUAACUCCACCACAC